AUGAAGGAGAAAGGGAAGCAGAACAGCAAAAAGAAGAAGGGAAAUGUUGUGUUACAGAAGUACCUGGUGGCAGUAGAUGAGUUUAUUAAAAGCAAAAGUGGCCCUGAAGAAGGGGAGAAUGACCAUGGCUUGAGAUUUGUGAAAAAGAAAAGCAGAAAAGAGCUUCGCAAAGAGAAGAGAAAAACUAAAAAAGCCAAUAUGAAAAGUUAUUAUGAGGGUAAAAAGCCCCUCAGUUUACCUCUUGAUGAUGGUGAAAACUCUGCAAUACCAGCUGAUGAACAGCCCAAGAAGAUAAAGAAGAAGAAAGCAAAGAAAGAAGUGUCAAAAGCAAAGUCCAGUAGUGAUCCUGCAGAGAAAUCAGACAGCUCUAAAACACCAGCAUCCUCCAAGACAGGCAAGAAAACCAACAAGCUCCAAGAAUCCAGGAAAAAGGCUCUUCUGGAGGCAAAUGAAGAAGAGGACAGAGAAAUAAAGAAACUAGAGAAGUGCUUGGGGUUAAACAGGAGGAAAAACAAGAAAACUCUCCCUCAGUCUUUUGUGGCUGAUGGACUUGACUACAUCCUUGGUAUGCUGGACUCUGGCUCAUCGGCUGUGGGGAUGUAUGAUGAUGAUGAUGAUAUGGACAUGGCCAAGGAUAACUUUGAAAAGCUUGAUGAGAAAGAAGAACCUGGAGAUGAGAAAGAAGAACCUGGAGAUGAGAUGGUGAGUGAGGGCAGUGAUGAAGAUAUGGGUUCACUUGACGAUGAGGGUGAGGAUGAUGAUGGUGAUGAUGAGGAUGAUGAUGAUGAUGGUGAAAUGGUUGAGGAGGAGGAAAUGGAGGAAGAGCCGGAUGAGAGUGAUGCAGCCGACAUAGACGAUGAAAAUGAAGAGGAAAAAGAGGAAGAAGCAGACACUCCUCCUGACACAAAGACAUCAGAAACUGUCACCCCUGCAGCAGGCAAGUACGUGCCACCUCACUUGCGAGGUGCCGGAGAUGAUAAACGCAAAGCUGAGCUCGAAAAGCUGAAGAGGAAUGUGAAAGGCCUGGUGAACAGGCUGAGUGAGCCCAACAUGGCGUCCAUCAGCGGUCAGCUGGAGGAGUUGUACAUGAGCUGCAGCAGGAAGGACAUGAAUGACACCCUAACCGAGUUGCUCCUAGCAGCCUGCGUCACCCCGUCCCUGAUGGCUGACAGACUACUGAUGGAGCACGUCCUGCUUGUCAGCGUCCUCCAUCACGCCGUCGGGUUGGAGGUGGGAGCCCAUUUUCUGGAGACGGUCGUGCGCAAGUUUGACGAGGCGUACAAGAACCCGACUGAAAGCAAGGAGUGCGACAACCUGGUCUCCAUCGUCGGGCACCUCUACAACUUCCAAGUGGUGCAUUCUGGUCUCAUCUUCGACAUCCUAAAACGUUUUGUUGGAGCCUUCACAGAGAAGGACAUUGAACUGGUUUUGUUAGUGCUGAGGAAUGUCGGCUUCGCACUGAGGAAGGACGAUGCUCUGGCUCUCAAGGAGCUCAUCUCUGAAGGCCAACGCAAGGCCAGCGACGCAGGGUCGAAGUUUCAGGAUCAGACCAGGGUGCGUUUCAUGCUGGAAAUCAUGCUGGCUUUGAAGAACAAUGACAUGAGGAAGAUCCCAGGCUAUGAUCCUGAGCCUGUGGAGAAACUGAAGAAGCUGCAGAGGACUCUGAUCCAGCGGCGUGCAGCAGGCAGUGACAUGAAGCUGAGGGUCUCUCUGGACAACCUCCUGGCAGCAGAGCAAGUGGGCCGCUGGUGGAUCGUCGGCUCCUCGUGGAGCGGAGCGCCCAUGAUCGGCGAACAAGGGAACACGACCUCAAAACAGAGUACUGCUGAAGGACAGUUUAGUGCCAAAGUGUUAGAGCUGGCGAGGAAACAGAGGAUGAACACAGAGGUCAGAAGAAACAUCUUCUGUGUGAUAAUGACCAGCGAAGAUUUCCUGGAUGCAUUUGAGAAACUGCUCAGGAUGGGCCUGAAGGACAAGCAGGAGAGGGAGAUUGUUCACGUUCUGAUGGAUUGCUGUCUGCAGGAGAAAACCUUCAAUGCCUAUUACGCCGUACUGGGAGAGAAAUUCUGCUCCCACGAUCGCCGCUUCCAGAUGACUUUCCAGUUCAGCCUAUGGGACAAGUUCAGGGAGCUGUCCAACCUUCCCAGCAGCACCUUUAACAACCUGGUUCAGCUGGUUACCCGCUUCCUUCAGGGGAAAUGCCUCUCGCUCUCCAUACUCAAAGUAAUAGAGUUUGGGGAACUAGAUAAGCCCACGGUGCGCUUCUUGCGUCAGGUGCUCACCAAGCUGCUAAAAGACGUUGAGCCUGAGGAGCUAGCCAGCAUAUUUGGAAGGAUUUCAGGCAUUCCCAAACUAGGAAUGCUGCGGGAGGGCUUGAAGCUCUUCAUCAGUCACUUCCUGCUGAAGAAUGCCCAGUCACAGGGACCAGCUGAGCAAGCAGCGCUGCUGUCGGAGCGCGCCCAGGUCGCCACUAGAGCCAUGGAGGCCAAAGAGGCCAAAAUCAAACUGUAAAACACGAACACACACACCAGAAACAGACGUACAUAACAGAACUGUGGAACAGGAGAACGCCUGUAAGUAGGAAUUAACACAAAGAACCCAAACCUGCAGUUUUCUUCAAAGAAGAAUAAAUAUGAUUGUGAUAUUAAAUUAAUGCCUUUGCUUUGGGGAGUCCUUGUACAUAAUUGUUACCAUGGAGAUUUUUAAAUCUGGAAGAUACUGAUGCCACAGACACACCAGUAUUAGCUCUAUUAUUUUAACACAGUGCAUAUUUUGCUUCAUGACAAUUUGGUAGCAAUACCUUGGAGAUUUUAUAUAUUUCACUUGCUUGUAUAUUUGGAGUGUAACAGUUUGUUAAACAUCAGUCAUAAAAGCCUCAAUAAAUCACAGACAUUUUGCCGAAA